AAUCCCCACACAUGCGCAGAUGCGGGAGAGUGCUGCUGGGUGCGCCAUUUUUGUUGGUUGACAUGGGGAACGGAGUUGGGCCAGCCGAUUUUUAAUAACCACGCCAGUUUCCUGACAUGAAGCACUUCGAGGAUAAUAAGUAAACCAGAGCGGUAGGCAACCACCUGUUUGCUUGAGUGCAAAGUGUUACAUUUGCCCACUUGCUUGAAAUUUUCCCGUUGAGAGGUGGCCGCUCAAACUCGAGUCCAUAUGGAUCCCAGGACCGCUUGGAUCCAGCCGGAGCAGAAGGGACCUGCCAAUUCGUUAUGGAUGCACAUUUGGAAAACGUCUCAGGGAUUUGGCACGAAUUCCGGCACCGACAACCACAUUCAGUACCAUCGUGACAACGUAACGUUCAACGCAAUCUCUACGGACUCCAACAACGAAUACUCUAAAAGUGUAACUGCCCCGCCGCCGCCGCCCCCGCUACUCGCCGCAGCACGCAACAAUCUGGCGGCCACACCCCCGCCAGGAUGAAGAACCAACACUGGAACAAGCAGCGCCAUUUCCAUCAGACCUUGGCCCGCAGGAGGUAUCUGAGCCGAGCCAACUCGCUCCACGGCGUCAACCCGCUGCUGGCCCACGACGCCUCCUGUAGCCUCUGGAAGACGAGGCGCUACAGUACCGGGGUCAAUGGCCUCCAUGAAGAAAUAGUUGACUUCUUCAACUUCAUGUCACCGCGUCCAGAGGAGGAGGCCAUGAGAAGAGAUGUCGUGAACAGGAUUGAGAACGUCAUCAAGGAACUGUGGCCCACAGCUCAGGUGGAGAUAUUUGGCAGCUUCAGCACAGGUCUCUAUCUUCCAACCAGUGACAUUGACCUGGUGGUGUUUGGAAAGUGGGACCACCCCCCAUUGCAGGAACUAGAGCAAGCACUAAAGAGACACAACGUCUCGGGCCCGUAUCCCAUUAAAGUUCUGGACAAAGCUUCUGUGCCCAUCAUCAAGCUCACUGACCAUGAAACGGCGGUCAAAAUUGAUAUCAGCUUUAAUGUGGAGACUGCUGUCAAAGCAGCACACUUCAUUAAGGGCUACCUAAAGAAAUACACAGUUCUGCCUCCCCUGAUCUUCGUACUGAAGCAGUUUCUACUUCAGAGGGAUCUAAAUGAAGUCUUUACAGGAGGCAUCAGCUCUUACAGCCUCAUACUGAUGGCUAUUAGUUUCCUGCAGUUGCACCCCCGCAUCGACACGCGGCGUGCUAACAUCAACCUGGGCAUACUGCUGAUUGAAUUCUUUGAGCUGUACGGCCGUGACUUCAACUAUAUGAAGAUGGGCAUCCGGGUGAAUGGAGGGGCCUACCUAUCCAAAGAGGAGAUGCUCAAAGCUAUGGGCAAUGGGAACAGGCCAUCUAUGCUCUGUAUCGAGGAUCCAAUACAGCCAGGCAAUGAUGUAGGACGAAGCUCAUAUGGAGUCUUGCAAGUCAAGCAAGUGUUUGACUUUGCUUACAUGGUCCUGAGUCAUGGUGUUUCUCCUCUUGCUCGGGCAUACCCCAACAAAGAGUACGAAAGUACUUUAGGUCGUAUUAUCAAAGUUUGCCCAGAGGUUGUGGCCUACAGGGACUGGACUAUUAAAACAUGGGGAGCUAAGCAGUAUGCCAACCAGGAGAAUCACGAUGUAGAGACUUGUGAGCAGGACCUUGCCAGACUGAUGCUGGCUUCUGUGGAGGAUCAGCGAGACACUGCCUCCCCCCUCAGUGCUGAUUCCUCCUCGUCCUCUCCAGUCUUUCUCAACAGCCCUCAGCACCAUUCUUCAUCCUCCUCCCCCAGCUCAAGCUCCUCCUCGUCCUCCUCUUCCGGGAGCGACAUUGAGUCUGAUCCUCCUCCCAGCACGAAUGGAGUCCAGCCCCAGUCCCUCAACCUUGCCUCAGUCCAUUUUAUAAUGCAGAUGGCUGCACAUCCAGCAGGCUUUAUCCACACCACACCGCAGUUCUACCGCGAGAAUCUACCAUCCAUCCACCUGGUACACCGGCAUAUGGCACAAACUGCAGUCUCCCAGCACUCUAACUCCACAAGCCCUCUACCCAGCCCCCUCCACCAACUCCACCACCACCGGAUAGGCGGGCAGCACCAGCACACGCUCACCGUUCGACCAGAGUCCCAGGACUCAUUUGAGACACACAGAUUUGGCUUCAAGCACAACCAAAGCAGUAGCCUCCGUGGUCAAAUCCACUCCCAAGGUAGUUUCAGUCCCCAGCGGCGGUUUGUUCCUCAGGGCCACAAUAUGGAACCAGGUUUGAGGAACCAGCAGCACUAUAGCUGCAACACAUGGCGACGCAGGAAAAGGGACAGUCUCCCAGCGCUGAAUCAGAGCAGAUGAAGGAUUGAAGCACUGAUAUAUGAUCUACUGCUUUUAAAGACCUCCCUCUGGUCAUCACAAGAUGUCUGUUGCAUAGCUAAGACAUUUUUUUUUUUUUUAGCUUGUCCUGGAAGUCAAUUCAGACUGUCUCCAGUUGUUUCAAGUGACCAGUACUCAAUUUCUGCUUCUGUUCUGCCAACAUGAAGCAAUUACUUCACUGUGGCUGGUGAAGGACAGUGGUCUUAAGUCUUAACUGUAGAGCCUCAAAGGUUUGGCCUUUCGAAACACUCCCUCCACAUUGGAAGCGCACCAGCACCAGAGCUGAGUUCACAACUCAGACUUGGUCCUCACCAGUGUCACUUUCAUGAAACCUCUCAGAAAGCUAAGUCAUGUGCCAUAGUAGUGAACGGGUUCAUCUAGCCUUACCCUAAGUCCCUCUCAGUUUUACCUCUUAUUGGGCCUUUUAGAUGACCCCCCUCCCUUCCCCUGACAAAUUUCUUACUCUGAAUGCAUCAUUCCCUUUGCAACGCUCUUACAGCUUGGGCUCCAGUCCUUUUGAACGAAGGAACGCACGACCUUUCUAGCUAUGCAGCACAACGCUGACUCUGUUUUCGAUGUGAUGGCACAAAACCUGACCUUCUCAAGUGCUGAAACUGUGAUGACUUGUUUGAAUGUACUGAGUGGUAUUUGUGUGUUGGAACUUAAGUUCACUCGUGUUUGUCACUGAGGGAUUUUUUGUUGUUGUUCACAUUGUCACUUUAAUUUUGUUGCAUUCAUGUGCAAUAGUAGGUUGCUUUUAUUUAAUUUAUUUCACAUUUUAGUUUUUCUUUUUAGUUUUUUGUCCCCCCCACAGCAACAAUUUUUUCUCCCCUGAAGUCCUCAUUGACCUGUGCAAUAUCUGGAUUUUUAAGGGCCUUGAUUGAAUGUGUUCUGCUUUCCAACUCAAGGGAGAGGUGGUAAAGCGACAAUGCGAAACAUGCCAAAACAAAUCUCAUGACAUUUACGGUUUAAUCUUCAUCACAACAGUUUGUCCAAAUAUCCUCCCCACCCCCUCCAAAACCUAUUUUAAUGUUGCUCCCACCUUUUUUUUUUUUUAGUUUAGGUGUAUUUCCACAAAAGGGGAUACUGUGGAAAGAGUUUUUUUUUUUUUUAAACCAUUUGUUCAUUCGUGCCCUUUUUGUCUUUUCAGAAAUAUUUGGUGCUACUUAUUACCAGCAAAGUGCUUUUGUUCUGCCUUUAUGUGCUUUAAUGAUGUCAACCUAAAAGGGCCACUACCUUUUUGGAAGACCAAAUUCCACCCUACAUAGCAAAAACUUUAGUUCAAUGUACUGCUAGAUUUGCUAUGCAUUCAUUAAUGCGGCAUCAAGAAGCAUCGCAAAUUGUAUGAGGCCUAUUAACUUUCUUUGCUCUCAUCUACUAGGUCCAAACCCACAUAACCUAUUAAGAAUCCAUAUGAUGGUGAGGGUAUGAGGUACGGAGCCUUGAACAAAACAAUGUUGAGCCAAGUUGUUUCCGCAUCCUUUCCAAACUGAUGCGAUUAGCCUGGUACUGAAGUUUUUUUUGUUUUCAGUGCAGAUUUUCAUUAGGCUGUCCCAAGAUAAUCAAUGAGUGGUUACAUCUUUAUACACCAAACCAAUUCCCAUCUUAUAUCUGUGUAAUUAAAGAUGUGUAAAUGACUGACCUAUUGAUGUAUGCCCCCCCCCUUAAGUCUUAAGUUUUUCUAUUUUUUUAAUAAACAUUUUAAAUGC